AUGACGUGGCUGCGCGUGGUUGCAGCGGCUUCCUGGUGCAAUACCCAAAGUUGCCCCAUUUCUUUCUACCGCGCGUCUGAUUCCGCACUUCAAUCUGCCGAGAAGGCUGGGGGGGCGUCCGUGCACCACGUUCAAGACUUUGAUGACACCAAGACUCAGAUCAUCUCACUGCUGUCAGACCCGGAGAUCGCCAAGGCUCUGGCCUUCGUACACAUCGAAAUGACAGAGAGCGAGUCAGUACCUGAAGACCACUGGGUCAAUUCGCUAGUGUCAGAGCUGGCAACGCAGCACCAGGACGACGGCAGCAGUAAAGUAUUUGUUUCUAUCGUGAAGACUGCCUCCCAGCGAGUGGUGGAACCAUCCGAGCCCCAUCCGCUCCGCCCCCAGCAGAGCUAUCAUAAAUAUGACCAUAAGUACCCGGAGCACGACUCGGGAGAAGCCCCACGACGCCUAAUGUUCGCCAGUUUGUACCAGGACCAGACACGCCGUGAUGCUGUGCAGACUUUUGAUGAAGCGCAAAUGGACAAGCUUGGUGGCUAUGGAGCGAUGGACGUGCGCGUAUUCGUAAAAGAGAUGGCUUUCCGCCUUGGAUAUGCACCGAAAUAUGGAGCUUGA